CGUCUGUACUCGUCCUCUCCCGGCGCCGACGAAGCGGCCAUCAAAUCCAUCCUGGAGAAGCCUACUUGGUCUGUCAGGUCGCUUCUUCCAGACUCGGAAUCGAAGCGGGAGACUCCUACAGUUAGCUCUGGGCAGCUUCGCCAUCUUCUCCGUCUGUCGGCCCUUCCCCAGCCCUCCAGCGAGGCCGAAGAAGCUGCCAUGCUGGAGACUCUCGAGUCUCAGAUCCAUUUCGUGAGAGAAAUCCAACGCGUGGAUACAACUGGCAUGGAACCGUUGCAGAGUAUCCGAGAUGAAAGUGCAGACGCUACGAGGGAAAACACAAUCGGCUGGGACCAUCUUCAAGGGGCCAUGGCUAAAGAACGUACAGUUGGUCGGAGGCGGAGGAUCCAGCGCGUCGAACGUACAAAGACCGACCGGCCAGAUGGUGAUGCUUGGAAUGGAGAUGCUCUCGCAUAUGCCUCAAGAACGAAAGGAAAGUUCUUUGAUAAAUAUGCCACCAGAUCCGAAACACACGCCCCAAGCGACAGAGGCCAAGACCUGACCACAAUCCUGGAUCGAUCAAAUCGUGCAGAAUUGACGAUUCUCGUGGCUGAGAUAGCAAAUUUCAUGCGAGAUCGGAUUGUGCGAAACCUCAGUGUACAGGCUCCUCCAGCUCGGAGCAGUCCCAGCGAUAUGACCACCCAAACAAAUGUACAUCAGGAAAAAGAUAUUUCAAGGACAGAUCCUCACUCAGAUCCCGAGGAGCGUUCAGAUCCAGAAGAGGAAACCUAUCCGGUCAACUACGACCCAGAGUUCACCGUUCAUGUCUUGCAGUAUUUCGAUGACUGGCGAGAUUCCGUCCUUCUCCGCAUUGGCGAGGUAGUCAACAAGGAGAGUGAGCCUGACAAUGGGGGAAAAGCCGUCCAGGAACAGUAUUGUGAUGCAUCCCUGUCGCGUGAUCCAAAAGGAGAAGAUGAUGUAGCCAAAUUACACAGCGUCUACCCGGCUGUCGACACACCCCUUGCCCAGCUUCCCGUACAGGUGAAGCUGCUCAUCCUCCAUUCCAUGAUCCUCCUUCUGCUUAGCCUCGAGCAUUACAGUGCACAUUCACGAGUCUUGCUGUUACACCUCGUGUCCAGCUUGGGUCUGUCUCUCAAAGACCUCAACCAGGACGAGAUCAAGAUCGCUCGCGGGUUGCUGGACGUAGCGCUGGAGCUUUCAUCUAACCCCGAGACGAAAGAGGUGGCGAAAAAGUCUAGCUCUGCGCGGAAAUGGAAGGUUGGCAUCGCCUCGGUCGCGGGCGCCGCUCUGAUCGGUAUCACCGGCGGUCUGGCGGCACCUCUCGUGGCUGCUGGUCUUGGGACAGUCAUCGGAGGCCUGGGCCUCGGAGCCACUGCUGCGGCGGGCUACCUUGGUGCCCUUGCUGGGAGCAGCGUUGUGGUCGGUGGUCUUUUCGGCGCGUACGGAGCUCGAAUGACCGGCCGAAUGAUGGACCGGUAUGCCCGCGAAGUAGAGGAUUUUGCCUUCGUGCCCAUCCGGGGCUCUCGGAUUCAACUGGAAGACGAGACGGAAGCUGCCCGACAGGACCACCGCUUGCGCCUCACCAUCGGCAUCACGGGCUGGGCAACUGAAGAAGACAACAUCGUGGACCCAUGGCGGGUUGUCGGGGCCGAUUCGGAAGUAUUUGCUCUCCGCUGGGAACUAGAGACAUUGCUGAAUCUCGGCAACGCGAUCCGGUCGCUCGUCACCAGUGCCGCAUGGGGUGUGGCCAGUCGGGAGGUCCUGGCCCGGACCGUCUUUGCACAGAUCAUGUCCGCUGUCGCGUUGCCCUUGGGCCUCCUUAAGAUCGCCCGCGUGGUCGACAAUCCGUUCAGCGUUGCCAAAGCCCGCGCAGACAAAGCGGGCGCCGUGCUGGCCGACGCGUUGAUCAGCAAGGCGCAGGGCGAGCGCCCCGUUACGCUGAUCGGGUACUCGCUUGGGUCCCGGGUCAUUUUCUCCUGUCUACAGACGCUAGCCCAGCGACAUGCCUACGGCCUCAUCGAAUCCGCCAUUUUCAUCGGGUCCCCCAUUCCCUCGGACGUAAAGCACUGGUGCCUGAUGCGAAGCGUGGUCAGCGGCCGAAUUGUCAAUGUCUUUUCGCGCAACGACUCUGUCCUUGCUCUCCUGUACCGGACGAGCAGCCUGCAGCUUGGAGUGGCAGGCCUGCAACCGGUCACAGACCUGCCAGGAGUCGAAAACAUCGACGCCAGCGACACAGUCAGCGGCCACCUGAGAUACCAACAUAUGAUAGGGAACCUGCUCGGCAUGAUCGGGCUCGAAAGCCUGGACUGCGAGGCCCUGUCGAGGGAAGAGGUUGCGCUGCUUGUCGAAGACCGACAGGAGGAACAGGAUCGGCUUCGACACGAACAAGAGGCGGGCGUUGAGAACCAGGAGGAAACGAUCCGCCGGAGCCUUGAAAGUGAAGAAUGGAUCAAUGCGGAGGCAGAUCGUGCUCAG